AUGGACGCAGCUAGAGCAUGGCGUGAGAAGUGGUCUUGGUGGUUAGUUGUUUCCGUUCGAUCGCUGGGGAAAUUCCUAACAUUGGAGCGGUCGAGGUAUCUCGUGGACGACUGCUUCACGGUCAGGUGCGACAUCGUCAUCCUCGCCGGCGCCGCCGCCGCUCCUCCUCCGUCAUCGUCGUUGUUCGGCGCGGUGGAGAGCUUCGGGCGCCUCCUCGGCAGGGAGGAGGGCGCCGACGUGACGUUCGAGGUCGGCGGCGAGACGUUCACCGCGCACCGGUGCGUGCUCGCGGCGCGGUCCAAGGUGUUCGAGGCGGAGCUCUUCGGCCCCAUGAGAGAAGGCGCGGCGGCGAGCGUCGUGCGGAUCGAGGACAUGGACGCCGAGGUGUUCCGUGGACUUCUUAGCUUCAUCUACACCGACGUGCUGCCCGACCAAGGAGACCUCGGCGACGAAGCGCACGAGUGGCACGACGACGACGACGACGACGAGGGAGGAGGAGAUUGCGACAUGGCUGCAGAAACUGACCGUAGCCGCGGACAGAUACGAUCUCCAGAGGCUGAAGCUGCUGUGCGAGGAGGAGAUGUACGACUACAUUAGCGAGAGGACGGUGGAGAGCAUGCUCAUCCUAGCGGAGCACCACCAUUGCCGCGUGCUCAAGGACGCGUGCUUGGAUUUCCUAUCAUCUCAUGGGACUUUGCGCGAGGUGAUGGAACCUGACGGCGGCUAUGGCUUGGAUCACGUGAUCGAGAACUUCCCCUCUCUUACUAAGGAGCUCAUCGGCAAAUUUGCAAUCGUGAUGUCAAACAUUUCUGACAGUUCAAAUGUUUCUAACGUUCGUAGACUUAGCCUCGUUGAACGGGAGGUAGGGGGUGAGGAGGCCGAUGUCGACGGGUGGCUGUAGGGGUGGUUUGAUUGCAUUUGCUACUUAUUGUUAUUGUUUUGACUCUUGGUUGGAGUUGUGAAUACAAAAUACUACCUCCGUCCCAA